CAGUUAGAGGCCAGAUGGAUGGUCCAGAUCCAGGACUGCGCCCUGUGUGGAAGGCAGGAUGGAUGCUACUCUAUUCUGCAAAUUUGUGACAUGAGGGUUGGCAGUCAGUCCUGGUAAAGAGCGUGGGAUCCUUGACAUAGAGGCAGCCGCGAUGUGAAGGGGAGAAUGGAAGGGCAGCGGCUCCUGGUUGGGCUGCAUAGGAGGAGUGCGUCUUUACAUCGGUCCUGUGGUGAGGACAGGUUUGUGGCUCUAUGUGACACAUUGGGGUGGCUUGAAGACCUGGCUUGUCUUGGGACAUCGGCCUUCCCAGUGCCAUGGCAGGGCAGCUUGGGAAUGGGAAGGGAAGGGAAGGGAAGGAGGGGAUAUUCAGAGAGAUUGUCAUUGUCCUUAGCUCUGAUCCCUGCAUUGUGGACUCGUCGUGGUAGAGCUGGGGCUGUGCCUUCGCGUUUGCUGCCGGCCUGGCUGGGGGCUCAGCACCCCUGAGCCAUGCGGUGGCUGGUAUGGCGUGGCGCUAUGGGGUGGGUAGGACUGGGCGAGGAUCCGUUGUUAUUAACAGGUUCCUAACCAAGUGGAUUUGUAAUGUUACACAGAUUAGUACGUAACUGGAGCAGCCUUACAAUAUAAUCCUUAAUCAGAAAAUAUUUGUGCUGCAUCCCUGUCGAGCAUUUGAAUACAAAGUGGUGCUGAAAAGAAAGGAGAGGCAGAGUUCUCCAAGAAGACUGCAUUGAACUUACCUGUCUGCUUGACAUCCGAGUGCUGAAAAUUUUGUCAGCUUGUAAGCUUCACCAGUAUUCCUCUUUCUCAAGAGAAAACACGCCUAACAUACCAAAAUGCACUUGGCCGUGGUUCUAUCCAUGUAUUUCGUUAGGGCAGACAGUGAGCAUUUAGAUUUGAACCACACGGGGAAUGAAAGUUUUAUAAACCCCAGCCUGAGCAGAGACACCACACAGGCAGGGAACACCUUGCUGAUGUGCGUGGCUGUUCCCUGCCAUUAAUAACAGGCUGCCACCAAGUGUGACUGCACAGUUAGUGUCCGUACGCUGUGUGCACACGCACACGUGUGCAGUGGGAGCAGGAGCACAAGAGGCAGAGCAGACACACCCCUUCUCUUUCUUCUUCCUCUAAGGCUCCUGCAGCUUUUCCCCCGUGCUAAGCUCGGAGCGCAGAAGUGCAGAAGACUGAAAGCAGCCCUCCAGCUUGUGAUGCACAGCCGUGGAGCAGCCAUGGGCUUUACGGGAAUGACAUUUAUGGCUGACAUCAGAUCUGAGUAUUUGCAUUGGAUUUCAGUGUCAGCAUCGGAGGUGUGGCUUGGCGGGGACACUGUCUCAGCCUUCUGAUCAGCCAAGAGGCAGCUCCGGGGUGGGAAGAUACUCACUCCCCUCUUCUCUGCUAUCCUGCUUGCAUCUGACUCCUCCCUCCUGCAGCUCUGAACAGCGCAGGGUGAAUCCAACAGCCUCCCAUUUCCACUAUGUUCUCCCCGAGCCACUAGAGCUUGAAGAUACCUGACACUGCCUUCGUUGCAGCUGGACUCGUGAGUAAGGCACGUUGCCUGAUAUCUGUCAGAAGUGAACGGCUUGUUAUUACCUGAGGAGACUAAAUUAGCCUUCUUCCAGUACUGAAAGGGUUAUGAAGAAUUGCAUUUUUUCCAGCACCUUUGGUACUUCACUGUUGCCUGAUUUUUCAAGAGCAUGUGUUGUUCUGGUUAUCAGUGACGCGUAGACCUGGAUAUUUCUUCAUCGGAUGCCACAAAAGAUAAAGGAAAACAAAGAAACUUGUGAUGUGGAGCUAACAGUUAUGGUUUCAGCUCGUGAAAACUUGCAGAGUCAGUGAGAAGGCAAGGAAAAAGAUUUUCCAAGGACAAUGUCGGUAACGCCUAGUAAUUUGUCAGUCAAUGGGACGAGCUUCUUUGCUGAAAAUCACAGCAUUAUGGAUAAACCCAGUGAGCAGAGAACUUUGAAUGUCUUUCUAUUCUGCUUGACUUUUGUCAUUGCAUUCACGGCGCUUCUGGGCAGCAUUUAUUCACUAGUUUCUCUGCUGAAAAUGCAAAAUAAAACCACGAUUUCAAUGAUUGUGACCUCUUUGUCAAUAGAUGAUUUGAUCAGCAUUGUGCCAGUGAUUAUUUUCAUGCUCACCCAGUGGUCAAGUGACGUCCUUCCACAGCCUCUGUGCACCACCUCAGCACUUAUAUAUUUAUUCCAGGGCAUUUCUAGCAAUCUUAAAGGGUCUCUUAUAGUUUCAUACAACUUCUACAGCAUCAAUAAAACUGAGACAAUCAGCUGCAGCACUUCCAAACGGCGAGUGAGCAUGGUGUGGGCAAUUCUCACCAUUUGGAUUGUCAGUUUGCUGAUCUGCAUUUUGCCUCUCUGUGGUUGGGGCAAGUAUGUCCCCACCUCCUGGGGUUGCUUCACUGACUGUGCCAGCUCCUACAUCUUGUUCUUAUUUAUUGUCUACUCACUGUGCUUUUGCCUCCUCACAGUGCUGUCUGUCCCUCUGACUUACCAGCUGUUGUGCUCAGACGAGCAACAGCUGUUGCACAUCGAUUACCAGGAAAUCUCUCGAGGCUACAUCACCCCUGGGACACCCGCGGGCUGCAGUACUACCACCCCAUCUCUGUCACCGGUGGACCCUGUGGAUAAAACCUUGAAGCAUUUCCAAAACACAUGUCCAAGCUCGGAGGCGGUUUUGAGGAAAGGUGUGGCUGAGAGCAGCGGCCUCGAGCCCCGCUGUGGGAACAGUGCACAGAGCAGGAGCUUCACAGUGGGCUUCGCCCAGAAACGAUUCUCACUGAUUCUUGCAUUGACAAAAGUCAUUCUCUGGCUUCCAAUGAUGAUACAAAUGGUUGUCCAGCACAUCACUGGCUUUCAAAGCCUUUCAUUUGAGACUCUUAGCUUCCUGCUGACUUUGCUGGCUGCCACCGUCACCCCAGUAUUUGUCCUGUCAGAACACUGGAUCCACCUGCCCUGUGGCUGCAUCAUAAACUGCAGAAGGAAUUCGUAUGCUUUGUCUUCAGAAGAACUCAAAACCAGACGCAGGGGUUUCGAAUUCAACCUCUCAUUCCAGCAAGGCUACGGAAUCUACCGAAUAUCCCCCGAAAACCACCACCCCGACGGCGACGGGAAAUCCGCGUCCUGCCCCAGCCUGGGGAGCCCCGGGAGCGCGCCCGGCGCCCCGCAGCCGCCCUUCAGCACCGCGGCGGCGGACAGCUCCCGCGCGGCCGGGCCGGGCCGGCGGCUGCCGCAGGCGGAGGCGGCCGGCGCCGAGCCCCCGGGCUGGGAGUGGUGCCGCAGCAGGUCGGAGCGGGCCCCUCGGCAGCGAUCAGGUGGGGCCUUAGCUAUUCCCCUGUGUGCAUUUCAAGGAACUGUGUCUCUUCAAGCACCCACAGGAAAAACUCUCUCUUUAUCUACGUAUGAGGUAAGCACUGAAGGACAAAAAAUAACACCCACGUCAAAGAAAAUUGAAGUUUAUCGAUCUAAAAGUGUUGGUCACGAGCCAAACCCAGAAGAGUCUCCUAAUACAUUUGCUGACACAAGUGUUAAAAUUCAUUUAGAAGUUCUUGAAAUCUGUGACAAUGAAGAGGCCCUGGAUACUGUGUCAAUCAUCAGUAACAUCAGCCAGUCGUCCACACAGGUGAGGUCUCCAUCCUUACGUUAUUCACGGAAAGAAAACAGAUUUGUCUCAUGUGAUUUAGGGGAAACUGCUUCCUACUCUCUCUUCAUACCAUCAAACAAUCCUGACAGCGAUAUUAACAUAACAAUUCCGGACACGGUCGAAGCUCAUCGGCAGAACAGUAAAAAGCAACAUAUGGAAAGAGGUGGCUAUCAGGAAGAAAUACAAAUGUUGAACAAAGCAUACAGAAAACGGGAAGAAGAUGACAACAACAAUUAAAAGAAAGACUUUCACCCUAAACAUUUAAACUGAUUUGACAGAUGUUGCUCCUCUUGACUCAAGCUACCCUAGCAAAUACAAUGCCAACUGUUUUUUCCUAGCACACAAAUUAAUUUUAUUUAGGUAGACUCUUAAAUAGUUUAAAACAUUUAAAAAUAUACAGAUAGCAAAGCAAAUACUUAAGUGCUUUACAGCUUUGCAUAGUGAAUUUCAAGUUAUUUAUAUAUCUAUUUAUUUGAGGAACACUUGUCUCUAAAAGAAAUCCUAAAUAAAAUCUAAAAACCAGCCUUGUUUGCUUGGCACUGUGUGGUCUGUCUGUGGGAACCUGCAGAAAAUGAGGGAACAACUUCAUAGGGGUGAAGUUUGAACAGGUUUGAAUGACUGUUGCAAUGCUGCUCAUACUGACGUACCAGACUUGAAUCAUUUACCUGAAAAUAUGUAGCACAAGCCUAAGACUAACUCAUUUAUUUGCCUAAGCAAAGGACUAAAAGAUAUCUAGAUGGUUUAAUUUUCUAUUGCUCUGUACAUGGUUCAUAUGUAAUACCUAUGUAAGUGGCCAGCGUAUGGACCUUUGGAUACAAGUGGCUGAAAUGUAAGCGUGCACAUUUUGUAAGUCCAACAUUGUGAAACUUAAGUGUUCUCAUUGCUUGACAUUUCUGCUUGCAAGUGCAUCAAAUGUUCAUUAAUUUCCUGUCAGUUACUCUAAAGUGUGCCCUUUUCUGCCUCCAUGAUCUCUUAACGAGUUAAGAAGUUUCUCAACCUUGCAGAUAUUUGCUCUCCAUCCAGAUAAGGCAGCAUUUGAAGUGUUUGAAGAGCUGUAACAUCAACAUUAAUUUCAGUAAUUUUUCAUGUUUAAAGACUACAGCCAUCCCCAAGCAAGGAAUAGAUUUGCAAUGUUGUUUUCUUCCUCAGCUAGUACUUUCAGCAACACAGCUGUGAGAGCGGGUGUCACCUGCUGAUAGCUGCAGGAGUCCCUGUGGCUCGCAAGGAACACUAGCCCCUUUUCUGCCCCUAUAUGUUCUGUCAGCAGUCCUGCCAUCAGACCUCUCUGGGUGGACCCUCACGCUUUAGGGCUGAGUCAGGAGCUGGGGGUUACAACUGGUUUGUGACUCCUUAGGAGAGGGAGACAAAGCUAUUCAAGGAGAACAGACUUAAGAGCCCUGACAGAUGCUGACCUCGAGCAUGAGGCUGAUUACUUAGAUCAGGUUCCUGCCCUGUAGCACCCUCUGGAGGAGCCCGUCCCUCUACUGACUUACGGGGAACCUAGAAAUAAAUCUGAAAUCAACCUAAAACCCGUGAAUACUCUGUUUUGUGUCAAAUUUAGAGAAGCCAAGGCUGAAACAGUGAAUGGAGUCCUUAAGGCUUACAUGAAAUACACUGCAAAGGCUUGAAAUGCUACUGCUUUUUGACUGGGAGCUCUUUUUUUCUGAGGGUUUGUCAUCAUCGCUGCUGCUAUCGGGAUGGAUCACUCUGUGCAAGGUGUGGUUUUCAUGUGCUGCCUUUCCAAGGUGGAAAUAAGGAUUCUCGUAAGAUUGCCUCAAGACUCUCAGUACCACUAAGAUACUAUGUUAUAUUUCAGAUUUAACAAGAAACUACAGUAGAAGGAACAAACAAUAAGUCUGUUGAAUAAAUUACAUUCAUAGGCAUAGAGCAGAGGGACCAAAUAUAUCGCUUUGCUUUGUGUUUGCAGCUGGAAUGCAGAAAGUUGCCUUAUAGCAACAGACGUGCUCACUCCAGAAAAAGGUAGCAAGGUUGUGAUGGAGGAUGCAGCCCAUCACAGCUUCUGUUUGGUCAGAUGUUCUGACGGAUGCAUUUAGAAGGGGUUAGGAUUAGGAAGUGUUGAAAUUCUGCAUAACUGUGACCUUGAGCUUGAUCUAAUUGUAGAAUGUUGUCUUGCUGCUGUAAUGAAAAGGAACUUUUCUUUAAUGAAUCUGUAAAUUUGAUCAUGUACAAAUGUCUGAUUGUUUUAUGUUUUACUUUAAAGUGACUAACAUCAUUAAACAUUUUAAACUGUCUGAAAAUGCAAAUUGUAAUUAUUCAGUAGAUAAGAGCUCCUUGCACAAAGCAGCAAAAGCUGUGUGAGAACACUUGCUCCUGGUUUGUGUAUUCAGUACGUGUCAAUGUGUCUUUAUCAUUUUAUGAAGUGCAUUUGGA